AUGGCUCGAUUAACGAUCUGCGAUUUAGUCGAUUUAAAAACGGCAUCUCUAUUUGCUCUGAGCUUGCGCAACUCACGAGCAACAGGCGACGCUGUUUACAAACGAGCACUCGUUAAGUAUGAGCGCACGCCAGUGAUCGGACUUCUACCACAUUGUGGUAGAUCUGCCACUUUUUUGAGAGAGCGAAAUAAGAUUAUCGAAAAUUUCGAAGCGCAGCUCAAAAGUGCAGAACAGACGAAGAGCAGAUUGGAUGAGGCGAUUUCCAGUUUGCAGCAUCAAAUAAAACUCUUGCAAGAUGAGUUGCUGAAAUCCCAAUUGGACUUCAAAUCAAAAGAGGAGGAGCUCAGCAAGCAAAUAACUAGCUUGGCUAGUGAGACUGAGAAGCAGCGGGAGUUUUUGCAGCAAGCACAAAUGGUGGGUUCGAGUACACUCAGUAGCGUGCAGCUGAAAAAUGCAGAAUUACAAAUGAGUAUUGACAGCUUGCACGCUGAGAUGGUCACGAAGGAAGAUCAACUGACGAUAAGUCGUAACGAAACCGAGCAGUUGAAAUUGGCACAGUCCAAUGCACUUGAGGAUACCAAAAAGCUGCAAGAGCAACUUAUAACCGUGCAAAAUGCACUAGAACUCGCGAAUACGGAAGUGAAAUUCAGAAACAAGGUGGCAGAAGAGGACAAAAAGAAAAUGGACGAGUUGAGAAAUAUGGUCGACACUGUACAGACAGUGAAUGCAAAUAUAUCAGCGACCAAUGCCGAGAUGUCGAGGGCUUUGCAGGCAUUGGAAAAGGAAAAAUGCGAAACAGCAAACAUUUUCGAACUCUUUGAAAUGGAAGCUGAUCAAAAUAUGGAAAAACUAAGUGAAAAGCUUGUGGAAAUGAAACAACAGCUUGGUGAUGCUCAGACGCAGCUGCAACACAAGGGCAAAACAAUAGCUGAAAAGCAAAUCGAAUUGGAAAAUGUCGUUGCCAAAUUCGAAGCAUCCCAAGCAGCUCUAGCCAGUGUGCAAUCCACACUACUGGAUCAAGCGACUCAAAUCAAUGAAUUGAAUACUGCAAAAGAUGAGCUACAGAAGGCGAUUGAAGAGAAAGGACAGACCGUUCAUGCACAUCACGCAGACUUACAAACCCAGCUCGAUGAGUAUAAAAAAGUUGUCGAUGAAAUGGGUGAUGCCACCACGGCGAAAGUCGUAGAGUUACAAAGUUUACAAGAACGUAUUAAGCUUUUAGAACAAGAACUGAUGCAGAAUUUGGAGGUGCAAAAAACAUUGAAGACAGACAACGCUAGUCUGCAGCGCAAACUUGAGGUUGUUGAGCUUGAGAAAAGGCGAGAAAUUGUAGCUUUGCAAAGUCGACUCAACGAACAAGAAGCACUAAACAUAUUAAAGCAGAAUGCUUCAGCUAUAGGCAGUGUGCCUAAAGAGGGCGAUGAAACAGAAGACAAUACAGCACAAAUUAACUUCCUUAACUCCAUAAUUGCCGAUAUGCAAAAAAAGAAUGACACAUUGAAGGCCAAAAUCGAAGCGCUCGAGGCGUUACCUACUGAUUUUACACAGCCUAAAGCAUUUGAGCUGAUCGCAAAACGGAAGCCAGCACCACGUGUAUUUUGUGAUAUAUGUGAUGAAUUCGACAAACACGAAACCGAAGACUGUCCCCUUCAAGCAUCCGAUGAUCGCGACUACUCACCUCCUCCGCUGAACGAUCCAGCGAAGAAAAAGGAUCGCAAAUUGCCAGAACCGCGAAAAUACUGUGAAACAUGCGAAGUUUUUGGCCACGAAACCGGAGAGUGCGAUGAUGAUGAGUGGUAACUGGGUCUAUGAAUAUCCAUAUCGACUAUACGCUUUCAACCUCAUGAUAUUGAAUUUUUCGAUCCUUUGCGAUAUUAUAACAAUUUUUAUUAACAUUUGUUACCGUAUAACUUAGAACCACGGGAACCGUUUUCAAUAAUUAUUAUUUUUUAUCAAGGGUGGUUUGGUUUAGUUCCGUUCAUUAGGUCAUGAAGAAAUUAACGGUACUCCUAAAUUUUGAUAUGAGCAAUGAAGUCGGUUGUGUUUUUUCUUAAAAAAAUACUUGUUAAUACAUAAUCUCCAUUACAACAGAUUCUGCGUUUGUGAUAAUCAAGGAAGAAAUGAAAAUAUAUUGUUAUAAAUCCUACUUGGCCACACAGUUUGCUACAUAUGUACAUAUAUUGCUAUGCUUUCAUUCGAGAUAUGUACACGUAUGCGAAAAUGCAUCAGUGUUAUUUACUUUAUACUAUUGUAUUAAAAUAAACUAUUAGAUAUCGUUUACAAAGAACUGCAUCAAACUUCGGUAUUCUUUGAAUUGACGAAUUUGUUUGUUAUACAUACUAUAUGUACAAGUAUUUGUGCUCUAUGCCGUUGAGAAAACUGCUAGAUAUUGUUAAUUAAAUACUUGUUUGACGUUUAUUUUCUAAAUUAACAUGUAAUUAAAUUAGAUAGCAAAAAAAAUUUAAUAUUUAAUAAA